AUGUCAGAGAAUUCCAAAAAUCCACCUUUCCUUGGAAUUUCAACCUCCCUGCAACACUCUCUUCCUGUGGAGAGCAAUGCAGCAAGUGUCUGCAACUUCUACAGUGUCUCUGCUCCAGCCACCAGUUCACCAUGGCUCCUGCCAUCAGCCUCUGGCACCUCUUUCCAACCUCUCAUGGGUGGUGCCUACUUUUACCAACAUUCUAGCACAACCAUGUUGUCUGGAGUUCCUGGCCAGAGCCCAAUCUCCAUUCCAGCUGCUUCCAAUCCUAAAGUUUUUGAGUGGGCUCUUACAGGAGACACUGAAAAGAAGUCAUCACCACUCAGAAAAUUCACUGUGACUGUCAUUGACCAGGACACAACUGUCUCCUCUAUGUCUCUGGUGUCCCAGUGUGAUGAAACCUCAGAUGCCUAUAAUAUGGCCCCUCAGUAUCCAUCACUUUCUGUCAACCUUGUUCAGGGGGCACCAAUUCAGGGACAGGGCCUGUCACAUCCCUACCAGGUGGGAAAUCAUGUGUGUGACUACAAUCAAGGCACAAUGGACCCUCUGCUCUGUGGAGAGGGUGGUCCCUACCUGCAGUCCUAUGGCUCUGUGUCUUACACAGAGAGCAGGGCCUCUGCCCCUGACCCAGGGAUGGUCAUGGUGCUAAAGGAGACUCAGUCCACAAACAUGAUACCACCAGCCUCCACUUCUGGAAUCUGCUACUCUGUGCCUCCUCAACCCAUCACAAAGACAGGUUUUCAAGUGAUGGAGACUUCCCUGGGGAUGGAGACUUCCUUGGCAUUGCAACUUCCAGGCCAAAUACUUUAUUUACCACCUACUCCAGAAUUCCCCGAGGCCUGCAGUAACAGACAUUCACAGGUACUUGAGAGUUAUCCACCACCUCAGAGUGGGGACAUUUCAAUGGCACCCAUAGUCCAGAAUCCCAUUGACCUCCUGGCACUGCCUCCAGCUCCAAGCCAGGAACAGAAAGAGAAUAAGAAUGUGGAGAAUAUUAAAACCAAGCUUUCCAAGCACGGGAAUGGGUACCAGAUCCCAACAGAAAACGAAGCUUCUCCACUGCUCCCUUUAGAAGUGCCUGACAUUCCACAGGUGCUGGCCUGCAUUGGUCCCCUCGGCCAAGAGGAGCAGCCUGGUUGUGACAACUCUGGUUUGGGAAAGAAUAGCCUGAGUCUUAAGGACCAAGGGACACUUGAAAAUGGGACUGAAUCUAAUGACAGUUUUGCAGACAUCGACACACUGGUGAAGGGUAUUCACCUUCCACGGGUCUUAAGUUCCUUGGAUGACCUUGAUCAGGCCCAAGGACCCAAGGUGAUCAAAACCAAAGACACCAGGGGCCUCAAGUUGCACGAAGUGCAGAAAAAGUCAAGUGUCAGAAAGACUCGCUCUGAUCAAGGCAGCAAGAUCAAACAUAAAGCCUCUGAGCCUAUCAGUGAUGCUCCCAAGACCAAGAUCAAGCCCGAGAGCCCAGAUUGUGGGUUUGUGGAAGAAGUGGUUCCUUGCAAUGCUGCAGCUGGUGGCAGGGCUCCUUCGAACAUGGCCAAGCAUUCUAACAGCAAACCUCAGAAAGCUGCAGCCAGCAGGACCAGCAAUACUAAGAGCCAUGGGCAGGAAAACACCAAAAGAAACCAAGAAAAUUACUCCAAGAGAGCUGAGGAGAGGAAGCAGUCAGGGAACAGAGUCAAGGCAGAGGAGAAGCCAGCCAUUCCCAAGAUGAAGAGGAAGAAAAGUCAUCCUGAGCUGCCACAAGAGGCCAUCAAAAAGCCUCGCAGCGGCCUCGCUGUGCACCUGCUGGAGUCUGUGCAGGUUUUCCAUGCGCUGGGCAAGAAGAGGGAUGAGAAAGCUGACCUGUUUUCCUCGCGGGCCCUGGAAAACUCAAGCAACCCUAAAGGCCCCCAGCCACGCCCAGCUACCAAACCAUGGCUGGUUAUGCCCCGUGAGGGCAAAGGUCCUGUGAAAACUCAAGUCAAACCACCAAAACCACACGGAAGUGCUGACAAAGGGUCUCCACCUCCAUCCCAGGACAAGCUGCCUUCUCCCGGGAAGGUCAAGUUGGUGCCAUUGGUUUUUCCAACCAUGGACAAGCCUCAAGUUCGACCUGUUCCUCGCAGGCCACAGUCUCUGGCAUCAGGUCGGCCUGCUGUGACCAACCCUGCCAAGCCUGCUGCAGUCGCUGCAUCCCUGCCAACUCCUGUAUCUCUGACAGGGCAUGUCAAAUCAGCUCAGCCAAUACCGUCCAACUCAGCUGGACCAGGUUUGACCAACCGCGACUGCCCUAGUGUCCCGCAGCCUCCUGCUUCUAGGCCUGGGCCCUACAAAACAUCAUCUUGUGCUUCUUUCCAGCGGGAGCCUGUUCACUCGGCUGUGAGCCAGCCCCAGACCCCGCUCAAGCCUCACAACCACUAUCAACUCCAGGAUUUCGCCCUCCAACCAAUUCCAUGGAGGAAACCUGAGGUUCUGGGGCCAGUAAUGUCAACACCCAUCACAAAGGAGCAGAGGCCAGAUCGAGAGGCCAUGAAGAGGAAGGCUCAACUAGAGCGUGAGAAUGCUGCCAAAUUGGGGACAAGGCAGCAUUUCCUUGAGAGGGAAAAGGAAAUGGACAUUUCUCUGUACUAUGGCUAUGUGAUGUAG